GCCUUAGGGCUAGGGCACAGACUGGUGCCACCCAAGUCCCCCUCCCCACUUUGCUAUGCUAGACACCUGUGAGGCCGCAGAAGUGAGCUCCCUUCUACCGGUACCGAGCACCGGGCUGUGUCCUUGUGGCAGCUGGAAGAGAGUCGGCUUGCUGUGCCCCCAGGUUAUGACGACCCCCAAUAAAGGAAGCAAGGCUUUGAAGGUGAAGCGGGAGCCCGGCGAGAAUGGCACCAGCCUGACGGACGAGGAGCUGGUGAGCAUGUCGGUGCGCGAGCUGAACCAGCACCUGCGCGGCCUCUCCAAGGAGGAGAUCAUGCAGCUGAAGCAGCGGCGCCGCACACUCAAGAACCGCGGCUACGCCGCCAGCUGCCGCGUCAAGCGCGUGACGCAGAAGGAGGAGCUGGAGAAGCAGAAGGCCGAGCUGCAGCAGGAGGUGGAGAAGCUGGCCUCGGAGAACGCCAGCAUGCGCCUGGAGCUCGACGCGCUGCGCUCCAAGUAUGAGGCGCUGCAGAGCUUCGCCAGGACCGUGGCCCGCGGCCCCGUGGCUCCCGCCCGAGGCCCCCUCGCCGCCGGCCUCGGGCCCCUGGUCCCCGGCAAGGUGGCCGCCACCAGCGUCAUCACGAUAGUCAAGUCCAAGGCGGAUGCCCGGUCGUAGGGAUGAGCGCUGGCAGUGGUGGGCCAGCGAGGGGCUGCCCUGUCCUCUUCUUACCCCUCCCCUCCUCCCUUCUUCCCUGGCCCCAGCCUCUCCCCUGCCCCCACAAAGCACAACCUCCACCGGGCGCCGGGCUCGGCCCUUCAAUUACGUGCUGUCGUCGUGUCUCGUAUGUGGGGACUGGUCAGUUCUGCGGUGACAAUGGGUCGCCCUGCCCCCUUGUACUAAGGCUGAGCGUGGGUGCGGGCCUGAGGGGACGUGUGUGUCUCUGAGCGGAGAGCCCUGGCCACUGCCGGCUGGAGGGCCCGCUGAGCCCUUCUUGAUAGCCCUGGAGUGGGCGCCGGUGUCCUGGGCGAGGCGCGCAGGGUGGGUGGGCCCGGGUGCGUUGCACUGAACAAGACCAAAACCACUGGUUGUGCGCGUCUGUGAAGGCUGUGUCCCGUGUGCUCGCGAUGGGUCCCAUGUCACUGUUUACAUGCUCUUCUUGUGUGGUUACAUAGCCCUUCUCCUUCAAGAGUAGGUUCCUUGUACGACGUUAUUAAUUUAUAUGUUUCAGAGCUAAAGGGAAGAAUGAAGAGCUGCAGAGUAUUUAUAAAAAAUGGUCUUUUUUUUAAAGAAAGAAAGAAAAAAGGCAAGAACAUUCAAUCCGAUGAAUGGAAAGGGGAAGGAAGUGAAAGACAGACUUUGCUAGUUUAAAAAGAAGAAGAAAAAGAAUACAAAAAAAAGCCCUUUCUUGUAAACUUAUGGACAACUCUUUGUGGCUGUUGGAGUUUAGUUUUUAUAUACACAGAGUUAUCAGACGUUAUUUAUAAAGUUAGUUUAAAAAAAAGACAAAAAAAAAAGCCAACUGCAAUGCCCACCCCGCCCCCACACACCCUAACCCCCCCUUUGAUAUCUCUUUUGCAAUUGUACCGAAAGUGACUUACGCCCUUUCUGCUUCCGUCUCUUGCCGGUGCCGUGGUCUUGUCGUGCCUGGUGAGGUCUUGUGCGGCCGUAAUGUGCUGGUAUUUCUGGUGACCUUUGACCUGUGGGUGUCACUCAUGUUCGCUCCCCUGUGUGUGUUUCGGGACUUGGUUGUUGUCUUCAGCUGCCUGUUCAGGCCAGGACUCCGGGCAGCACGGCCUCCCUUCCUUCCCGAGAUGUUUCGAACCCUCAGUGGCUGGCCUGCGGGCCCCCUCCCUUCCUGGCUGGGCUAGUAGCAGGGCAGGUGGGACUGGAAGCCUUGCAGCGGUCUCCUGCUGAGCUCCUGUGCUCGCUGACCCUGGCUAGGGGCUUGUGGGUACCCUUGCGGCAUGUAUGUCUUCCUCGUUGGCCCCAUCAGUGGUGCUGCUGGGCUCACACUAGGAGCUGUGACCUCCCUGCCCAUUUGUCUUAGAAGAGUUUCAGGGUUGGGUGGUGCUUUCUGGGAGCAGGGCUGCGGCCCACUCACCUGACUGAGGCAGCCCUUGCUUACAGAUCCCUGCCUAGCCCCAGAACCUGGGGGAGGACCUCCACCAGCAAGGGCUACAACCUCUUCCCCGAGCCCCCUCUCACUCCAUACCUUGGCUCCGCAGCUCUCGCCUGAGCUCUCUACGUGAGCCAGGCUGCUUUCCCAGGCUGGUCUCCUGCUUUGGCCCGGGAAGCUGCUUGGAUGGGUGUCUUGGGCAGUGCCCCACAUGGCCCAAGAUGCUACGAUUCUGGCUCUGGCCGUGGGAGCAUGGCCUCUUAUGUCCAGGUGCCGAGAGCUUAGAGGUGAGGAUGGUGGAGGAGUGAGCAGCCAGCCUAGGGUGGCCUUGGGCAGCGGGGGCUUUGUCUUCAACCAUGGUCUCCUGCUUCUGUGGGUGUGGUGGGAGUGUACCGUGUGCAGGUGCGGCCUCUGGGGGAGCUCUGCUCAGAGGAGCUCAGUAUCACCAGAUAGACCUUGUAUAGACCCUCUGGGCCUGGACGCCAGGUUCCCCCACGCUUCUUGCCACCAGGUGUUUUUCCACUGGGCCCAGUGGCAUUGCUGGGGGCACAGGGAACCAGAGACCUGAGCAGAGCAGAGGAGGACAAGGCUGUCCAUGCCCUUGCCCUUCAGGGUGGGCUGGUGUCACCUCUGCAGGGUGGCAUGUUGGGCCGUGCAGAAGCUGCCGCUUUAGAGCGAGUGGUGUCACAGGCAGGCCAUGCCCCUAUCACAGUGUUGGGCUUGAGGCCACUGUUCCCCAGGUCUGGGGGGCUGUCUUGUCCUGCCCUGAGGGUCCCCUGCACUCCUGCUCUCCCCCCCAGUUCUUGGCAGCAGAUCCCUGUCCACCUGUCUGCUUCGUGCUUUUCUGGUCCUUGUUGAUUCCGUUCUCCAGUGGUGAGGAGGGUGGUCUUCCUCCUCCCCGCCACUGGAACUUUUGACACAGCGAGGCAGGGCCUGGGCCGAGGCCUGCCCGCCACGUAAACUAUGAUCCGUGUCUUCCUCCGGCCCUGACCUAGCUCCAGCUUGCCCUCUCUCCUCAUGUGGACCCCCUGCAGUCAUGGGUCAGCCCCACUGGCUGCCCAGCUGCUGCUCUGCCGUUGGGGGGGAGCCACUACAUGGUAGGGGUGUGUCUGCUGGGCACGUGCCCUCCCCAGCCCAUGCCCUGGUCUGUGUACAGCUGUUGGCGGCAACGGUUCUGACUGGCUACAGCUUGCUUGAGCCAGGUGGUCAGGCCUGUUUCGCACCUGGACCUCCCUCCCAGCGGAGCUCCUUGACUGUAGCCCUUUCUCCACAGCUGGGUAGCCAGGUCAGCCGCAGCCUGUAGCACUGUUUCCGCUCUGGGAUCUUGUGAGUUAUUUUUUAGGCUGUGGUUUAGCGAAAGGAACCAAGGCAUUAACGAUUUCUGACACCCCGCCUCAUACCCCACCCCCAGCCACUAAUUCUCUUUGGCGUUUUUCCCUCCCUUUCUGGUGGGAGCAGGUGGGGGAAGGCAGAGGGCUCAGGGCUUGCUUGGGAGAGGGCGUCCCGCCGUCUGGUCCCUGGGCUGUGCUCUCUCUGCUCCGGGUCACUCCUUUGGGCUGUGGCCACCGCCACCUCCUGCCCCACCCCAUCUCUCUCCCCCACUCCCUCCGCUUAGCCCCGGAAGCCUUUAACCAAACGGGAGUGGGUUCAGAAAGCUCCUCCUGGCAACUUAGGGCCACAGGACAAGGGCUGCCCGGCCAGCUGCUCCCGGAGGCUGGACUGAGGCCGGGAGGGCGGGGACAGCGGCCGGCCCGGGCCCCACCCGCCCUGCGCAGUAUUUAUUGCUAAAUUAUUGUCCAGGAGGGGCGGCGUGUGCCGGGCCCCCCGGGUAUUUAUUGCUGUACAUAGUGUAUGUUUGUGAUAUAUAAGGUUUUCUUUAUUUUGUAUAUGAUCAAUAAACACCUUUUAAAGAGA